ACGUGUGGGCGGGGUCCAGUGGUAAACACAGGAUAGUCCAAGUUGGAAUCGACGCAGUUCGACGCUUCGGGGUAGAGGUACUAGGGGGAGCGAACGACGGAACGGAGAGUUAUUCAGGGUUAAAAUAUUCCGCUUUGGGGGGUGGGGGAGGACGUACUUCACUGCCAACCCCGCGACGAGGUUGGGCCUGCGGUGCCUGCAACCCAGGAAAACAUGGAGCUCGAGAAUAUCGUGGCCAACACCGUCCUGUUGAAAGCAAGAGAAGGAGGUGGUGGAAACAGAAAAGGAAAAAGCAAGAAAUGGAAACAGAUGCUUCAGUUCCCCCAUAUCAGCCUGUGUGAGGAGCUCCGGCAAACGACAGAGAAAUACUACAACAGCCUUUGUGAGCGGCAGCCAAUCGGACGAAUGCUCUUUCGGCAGUUCUGCGAAACCCGGGCUGAGCUGAAGCGCUGUGUCAAAUUCCUGGACGCUGUGGCAGAGUAUGAGGUCAGUCCAGAUGAGAAGAGGAGGGAGUGUGCUCAGGAGCUCCUAGACAGGUACUUCAACCCAGAGUCAGAGGAUCAUGUCCCGGAGUUGGGGGAGGAAAUGAUGGGUCAGUUUACAGAGAGGCUGGAGCAGGAGCAGGAGCCCUGUAAAGAACUCUUCAACGAGUGCACCAAACUGAUCCAUGACUACCUGAGUGUGGCUCCCUUCGCAGACUACCUCGACAGCAUGUACUAUAACCGAUUCCUGCAGUGGAAGUGGCUGGAGAGGCAGCCAGUCACCAAGAACACAUUCCGACAGUACAGGGUAUUAGGAAAGGGAGGCUUUGGUGAGGUGUGUGCUUGCCAGGUGCGAGCCACAGGAAAGAUGUACGCGUGUAAGAAGUUGGAGAAGAAGAGGAUUAAGAAGAGGAAAGGAGAGUCUAUGGCCUUGAACGAGAAGCAGAUUCUAGAGAAAGUCAACAGUAGGUUUGUAGUGAGUCUAGCGUACGCCUAUGAGACGAAGGACGCUCUGUGUCUGGUGCUCACCCUGAUGAAUGGGGGAGACCUCAAGUUCCACAUCUACCACAUGGGAGAGGCUGGCUUCGAGGAGAAGAGGGCUGUGUUCUACUCUGCAGAGCUGGCCUGUGGCCUGGAGGACCUGCACCGAGAGAGGAUCGUCUACAGGGACCUGAAGCCUGAAAAUAUACUAUUGGACGACCAUGGCCAUAUCCGGAUAUCAGACCUGGGCUUGGCUGUCCACGUGCCCGAGGGAGAGACCAUCAAGGGUCGGGUGGGCACCGUUGGGUACAUGGCUCCUGAGGUGGUUAAGAAUGAGCGCUACACAUUCAGCCCAGACUGGUGGGCGCUGGGCUGUCUGCUGUAUGAGAUGAUCGAGGGCCAGUCUCCCUUCCAGCAGCGCAAGAAGAAGAUCAAACGUGAGGACGUGGAGAGGCUGGUCAGAGACGUGGAAGAGGAGUACUCAGACAAGUUCUCAGAGGACACCAAGUCCCUCUGCAAAAGGCUGCUGGCCAAAGAGCCCAGAGAGAGGCUGGGCUGCCAGGGGGAGGGUGCUACGGAGGUGAAGGCCCACCCCAUCUUCCGAUCCAUCAACUUUAAAAGGCUGAAGGCUGGCAGGCUGAAGGCCCCGUUCACCCCUGAUCCCCAGGCCAUUUACUGUAAGGACGUGCUGGACAUCGAGCAGUUCUCCACGGUCAAGGGGGUGGAGUUGGAGCCCAAAGAUGACUCCUUCUACUGUAAAGUGUCCACAGGCAGCGUGUCCAUCCCCUGGCAGAUGGAGAUGAUCGAGUCUGAGUGCUUUCAGGAGCUCAAUGUGUUUCACACGGACGGGACAGUUCCCCCGGACCUGGACUGGAGAGGGCAGCCCUCGCCACCACCUAAACAGGGGCUGCUGCAGAGGCUCUUUGGGAGACAGGACUGUUGUGGGAACUGCAGCGACAGUGACGAGGAGCCCACCAGGCUGUGACUGAGCACCCUCCAACCAACUACACCAAGGAUCUCAUUUGUUUACAAAUUUUGCACAUUUGUAUCUUUAAGAUAGUUCUAUAUAAAUAUUGGAAUGUAUAUUUUCAGUAUAUAGCCAUAAAGUCCAUGUCAUUUUAAAUGUAAUCAUUAUUCAGAACCCAUCAUGGGAGGCAACAACAGGUAAGCCUAACACUGCUAUGUGGUCAUACUCCCCCCACCUCAUCUGUUGAUAGUGUUGUCAGCUAAAACCGCAAGCCUCUUUUCUUGUUCGUUCUCGUUUUCUUUUAGUCUUUUAAAAUGUGUUGACUGUGCGCCGAUUGGUAAGUGUUUCUGAAUGGGGGAUAAAUGAAAAGCGUACGUCCACAACUAUUUUUAUAUUGAAAUUGUAUUUGUAUUUACUUAAUGUAGUUUUAGGCAAUCAAAUUAGGAAUGUUGUGUGAAGUGUAAGCGCUUAAAAGGAAAUUGAAGACUAAGGUGAACUCUUGGUAUGAGGUGAUACAUUAUGUACAUUUUAGGGUUCUAUCUAGAGACACUUGAUAUGAACCAAAUAGAUAUGACUAAACAAUGCAUAUGUAAGUGCAAACAAGUGCAUCUUUAUGUGACACUCCUCUAAAGUCCUAAGUGUGUCUUCCUAAGAAUCUUGAGUUUAGGUAGAAAGCAUGUUUGUUCCCAACCAUAUUAGGAGCUAGAGAAGUUAAUUUACAAUAAAAAAACGGUAUUGUAGUACAGUAAUUCAGUUGCAAAAAAUGACCUUUUCAUAAGACAUGGAUAGCCUAGAAUGGCCUUGGAGUUUCCUCUACCAUGACAUCCUCUAGAUGGCUACACGUUUGUCACAGAGCUCUUGAGUUUAAUUAAGUGAUGCACUUAUGACCAAACCGGUUUGUUUUAAUUUUUUAUGAUUAAGUCCUUCCCAUUCAAGGUUCCUUUGAUGGUUUGUGGUACUCUAUGUAAUUGCCAUAUUUUAUAUAAAUGUGACAGAAAUCUAACAAAGCGGUCUGUCAAGUAGGUUCAGACCAUGCUGCGUCUCUCUCUCUCCCUCUGCCACUGUUGUACCUCGUGUUCCUUUGCCAUGCUGAUGUGUGUCGGUGCAUCGUGUAACUCAGUGGGAUUCUCCUUGUAAAUGUGGGACUAUAAUAGGACUGAGGGACUGAGCUCCCUGACAGACUAUGGGACUAUGGUAUCGCCCUCUGAACCCUCCUUACCAGAGACUAUCAGACUGAGGAAGAGGAGGAUUCAUCUAAAUGGAUUCCUCAGCACUCUGAUGGAAGUGGAACAAACUCCCAAAACUACUCCUACCAUCUCUCAUUAUCAAAUCAUGUUUUAUCGUAUGUGAUUCUCAAAUGAACUUGCCUACAUUCCAGUCUAUACUGUGCUGUACAGUGUAAAGUUAUGCUACUUUUGUUUAUUUUGCGAUAAUGAUUUUUUUACCAGUGUAAAAUUACAACAACAACAACAGUUCCACCAUGAAACUAGAGUAGGACUGAAAGUAAGAUUAGUAUGAUUUCUCUUUACGAUGUUUUGUUGAGCCAGGCUUACACACUGUGAGAGGAGGGAGGGUGUCUGUCUGUCUCUCUCUGCAUCCAUGUAAUACCUCUGACACCUUCUUGCAAUGCACUGAUGUUUUGUGUGUGUGGGCACGCACGUGUGUAUGCAUGUGUCCAUAUGUUACCAUAACCACUAGACUCUGUACCCACUUGGCACAAACUGGUUAAGUCAACGUUGUUUCAAUGUAAUUUGUCAACUUAUUGUGACGUGGAAAAUACAUUGGAUUUGAAAAAAGUAA